AUGAUAGAAGAUCAAAAUAGUUUUAAUAAGCUUAUUAUAAAUUGUUCUAUAAAAAAUGAUGAAAAUGAUGAUUAUUCGAAAAAUCCUUUACUAAAUAACAAAAGAGGGAAUUAUUCAACAUAUUUGGAUAUACCACUUGUAAAACAUGAAAAAAUAAAAAAGUUAAAACUCUGCACGAUUAUUACUUUUUCUUGUCCUAUGAUUGGUGUGGGGGGAAUGAAUUUAAUAUCAACUAUUUAUGGUUCUUAUUUUUAUACAAACAUUGUGGGAAAUAUUCAUUUAACAUUAAUGUUCCUUUAUGCCUUUAUUGAAAUCUUUUUUGGUUGCAUCAGUCAUAAAUCUAAAAGUAUAUGUUUUAAAAUAUAUGGAAAGGGGAUGUCUUUUUUAUUAUUAUCUUCUAUAUUUCAAGCAAUAUCGUUCUUUUUAUUUUUGAAUCCUCCUCUUAUGUUCAAUUCCAUUUGGAAAUUAAAAUUAUGGUCUUAUAUUUGGUCUAUCCUAUUUGGUAUCUCAUGGGGGUGUAGUGAGGUUGCUUACGAAUCGCUAGCUUCGCAUUUAACAUAUAACUACGACGAAAGAAAAAAACUACAAUUGUUCAAUUGGUAUGUUUCCAUCAUUGGUUCUAUGUCAUGCAGCUUAUUGAACGGAUUAUUAGGAUCCUUUUCAGAAGGAUAUACAUAUAAAGAGAAAAAAAAAUAUAUAUUCAUAAUAACAUUUAUAUACAGCAUAUUAUAUUUAUGUGGAAUAUUCAUAACAGUGGUAGUAUUAAUUAAUAAAGAUUAUAACUAUAAAGACGAUUUUGUAGAGCUGUGUCAUGUAAAUAAUUAUAAAAUGAUAAAGAAUAUAUUUAAUAAUAGACCAUUCAUAUUAUUAUUAAUUUCUUAUUCAUUUACAUUAUUAUGUAGUGCUGUUUGUUGUAUGUUAUUACCAUAUUUUUGUAGGUAUAUAAUACAGUCUAAUUUUUUAAUAAACUGGAGUCCCUUAUUUUUUACAACAUGCAUGAUUAUUGGUAUACCUCUUUGGAUAUAUAUUAAUAAAAUAUUAUCAGUUGAUGAAAAGAAAUAUAAAUAUAUAUUAGCAUCAGGUUUAUUAUGUAUAUCAUUAACUACUUGUUCUUUUGUAGUUGAUAAAAAUGAUCAAGUGUUAUUUCUUUUUUUUUUUAUAAUUGGAGGUUUAACAACAGGUAGCUUUUUUUCUAUAUCAGAAUCAAUGAAAGGUGAUGUUAUCAAUUAUAUUGAAUUUUUAUAUGGCAUAAGAAAUUAUACUACAUAUGAAGGAAUUUUUAUGUGUAUAUCAAACAUAAUUGCUGGCAUAGGAUUAAAAUUUUCAUUGUAUUAUAUAAAUAUAUUUAAUGAUAUAAAAUCAAUAAAUGGAUAUAAUAAGAAACAAUUUAUAAGGGCAAUACGAUCAUCCUUAUGUGCAUUCAUAUGUCUCACAUUUUUUGUAAUACUCAUAACCAUGUUUUUUUACCCUCUUGAUAGAUUCAACCAUAAGAAAAUAUUAAAUGGAAUUAAAAUGAGAAAAAUGGGACAAUGUGUUGAAGAUCCAUUAAACCCAGGAAAAAUUUUAUUACCCUUUUGUAAAUUAAAUAAUAACACUUUAAUAUCGAAUUGA